GAUAUUCCGAUUGAAAACUAUUAGAAUAAAUAUAUAUAUAUAACAAGUGAGAAUAUAGUACACAGACCACAUUGCUAUUUUAAAUAAUUUACAUAAUAAUUCAUUUAGCAUAAUUUUUAUAAAAAAUAAUUACAUAAAACCAACAUAACACAAUAGAAUUAUUAGAUUCAACUCGAUAAAGCCAAUUUCUUUACAUUAUGCAAAUAGUAGACAUCGUUUAAAAAAAUUUCAAAAAAUAUUUGCAUAUUCUGCAAACGAUAUAUUGUACGAUAUUGCACGGCGGAAACGAGCAAUAUUCUUUUCGAUUUCUUUGAAUUUCUAUAAUACGUUUCUCCCGUUUCAUCUCCACCUUAUUUUGCUAUGUGUCACAUGUGCCAUAUGCAUAUGGGUUACCGGAGCAAAAAAAGAAUAGGAAAUAAUAUAUAAAACGGUAAACGUUUGUACAAAACGUUUAGUGACAGCGUAUCGCUAUACGUGAUAUGUGUCGAGCAAAUACUGACUGCGAGGAGAAUUGACGGCUCACUUUUCGCAUAAAAGUUGUCGAGCAUACAUUUCCGCGAAGUUUCGUAAUAACGAUGUCAUUUUUUAUCGUGAUAACGAGAGAAUAAUAUCGUUCAUUAGGUGUAAAAUUUUGACUUUUUAAAACAUUUCCUCGAAGGAAGCGUAGAAAUAUAGAGAUCUGCAAAUUCGAGAUACCGUAUAAGAGGUCAGCCAUUAACCGACAAAGUUCUAAUUAAUGGAUUACGUGCAAACACAUCUGUACGUGCUACCGCAUAUACGAGAUAAAGUGCAGAUGUGUAUAAGAAUAUAUCGACUUAAAAUUAGCAGCUUAUCAAGAAGAUAAUGGAUGAGACAGGCUUUCGAUGAAAAUCUCGUCUUAUAUAUUGCAGCGGCACAUGCGCGGAUAACGAAGACGCGCAAGGUAGUCGCGUUUUCGGUCAGUCGGCCGAGAGCCGUCGAGGUACUCGAAUUGUAUGCAAAUUUCGUUAUCCGUGACAUACGCACGAGGUUUCGAAGCUCAUCGUCACUGAAGGUUGACAGAAACUACAUACUAUCUACACAGAAAAUAUCUAUUCUCGCGAAGUAAAAUGCAUAAAUGCUGGAAGAUCGAUAUUAAGGCUCAAAAUUGUGCUCUAUCGAUGGAGAGAGUGGAAAUAUUUUUCGUGGAAUAUAUUUCGUGAAUUUCCUCACGCGGAUAAAUUUGCAUGUGAAGACUCGCGCAACCGUGAUUAAUCGCAGUUGAAAACGAGAAAAGGCUGGGACUCUGAAAGUUCGACAAAGAAAUCCAAAAAGAACACACGAACGUGACUCGACUGAUAGAAUCGAGACCGACGAACUUCGAGCCGCUAGUAAAUUUCUGAGGAUACCCUGGCGUGCUGGUGACAGAGAAAAAUCGAUCUUUAAGUGUCCAACUCUAAUUGUUGUCAUAAAGAUUACACUAUUGACAUAAUUAAAAGAUAUAUUUUAUAAAAACGUAGUAUUAAUGAAGAUAUAUAUCAAAAAUCAAUGUAUAAUUCGGAGUAUCGAUAUAAAUCUAGUUCAUUAAUUACAUAAUUUACCAAAUAUAUUUAAUAUAAGAGAUACAGUUUCCCUCAGACUUUGUUUUUUAAGAGCUAGAGAAUUUUUUUGAAUCAUUUAGACCGGUAAUUAAAAUUUGCGCGCUACACUUAUUGUUAGACAAAAAGUGUGAAUAUAUCAAAUCAGAAGAAACUUUAUGAAUCGCUUUCAAUUUUUAUACAAAAGAACUAUAACGUCGACAUUCAUACAAAGAUAUUGCGCCGACAUAUAAUACGUCAAACUACCGAAUGUGUUCGGCGAAGAAGCUAAUCUGGUGGAAGUUAGUGUGCACGAAGGUUAAUACUCGUAUCCCUCCAACUAGAACCACAUUGAAGAGAAUAUAGCAAGUUGGUCAAGCAUGAACAAGGGAAGAUCCGGUGCGACAACUACCCGAAAAAUUUUCGAAGAACUCGUGUCACAAAGAUUUCACAAACUAUAAAUUAAUUUCCAGUUGCAGAACAAAGGAAAAUGUCAACAGGGGUGAGAGCUGGUCGACCCACUAUGCCAACAAUUUCGAAUUCUAAAAGGCCUACAAUCCUGGUAUAUCCAACGGUAACGCCGGAAAGCAUAAUAAUACCCAUCGUCUCCUGCAUUCUGGGGUUUCCAUUGCUGGCAUUAAUGGUAAUUUGUUGCCUACGGAGAAGAGCGAAACUCGCUAGGGAACGAGCUCGACGAAGAAACUGUGAUUUGGAUCAUGGCGCAUUGAGCCUCGUUCGUUUCAGCCCGGUUCAUCGUCUAGCUGGUGUAGAUCGUCCGGCACGUACCGUAUCUUUGAGAAGUGACCGAGGCUCCCGAAGCUUUCCAUCCCUAGAACUGGACACCGUUGUCGAGGAACGUUCGGAUCCCGAACAAAGCACCGCUCUGGAAUUGAGUAGUCCUGAUUAGCAUUCGGCCUUGACACCGUCAAGGUCUCCACGGCCAUCGAAAUCUUUGGCGGUGCCGUUACCUAUGGAUCAUAGUCCAUUAUGGACGGCUUUGACGCAUGCUAAUGCGGUCUCUGCGGCCUUGGGAGAUACCUAGCAGGAGGUGGAAGAUGGCAGCUAUAUUGAAGCUCUUGUUCGAGAUCUGCCAAUCAUUUACUAAUUAGCCAAUCUCUCCGAAUGAAUAUCUUAUUAAAGAAUUCAAGAACAAGGCUGGCCAAUUUAUUCAAAAUUAUUGUAUCAUACCAUGGCAAUAAUUGCGCUAAAUACAAAACAUACUCUUUUAAAUCAAGAGAAAUAAAGGAAAUAAACUUUAUGAAAAAACAUUCUUCGAAAGCAUCAUAUCCUUGUAUGCAUGUGUAACAAAUCAUCAUGAUGCAUGUGAAAUUUUAUACUACUA